AUGAGCGAGCUGGAGUUCGGCGCGAUCUCCCAGGCUCAGAUGGCGUUCUCGGUGGUCCUCAACGGCCUGUCGGUCAUCAUCGGCCAGACGGAGUCGCUCUCGGCGCUGUCCGUGCAGGUGUCGCGCCUGGACGCCCUGGAGCGCGCCAUGUGCCAGGAGGUGACGGGCGACCGCGUGGCCAGUGAGCUCUCGGUGCAGGAGUCGGGCCCCGACGUCGCCCUGGAGCUCCUGGGCCUCACGGUGCGAACGCCCCCGCGGUCCGGCUGCCCGCAGCACACGCUGGUUGCGGACCUGUCCCUGUGCCUGGCGCGUGGCCAGUCCGCCCUCGUCGUCGGCCAGAGCGGCGUGGGCAAGAGCUCCCUGCUGCGCGCCGUUGCGGGCCUCUGGCAGAGCGGCUGCGGCACGGUGCGGCGCGCGCUGGGCGAGGAGGUUUUCUUCAUGCCGCAGAACCCGUACAUGUUCCUGGGGACCCUGGAGGAGCAGCUGCUCUACCCGAGCGUGGGCCAAGGCGGCCCGCCCCGCGCGCACUCCGCCGCCAUCGUCCGCGCCCUCUGCGCCGUCGGCCUCGGCGGCCUCCUGGAGCGCCACCGCCUGCAGGACGCGAAGGACUGGUCCAGCAUCCUGUCGCUCGGGGAGCGGCAGCGCAUCAACUUCGCGCGCAUCCUGCUCCGGCCGUCCCUGCGGCUGGCGCUCAUCGACGAGGGCACCUCGGCGUGCGACGGGGGCAACGAGGCGCUGCUGUACGAGCGCCUCGCGGAGCACGUGCCCAGCUACGUAUCCGUGGGGCACCGCGCGGCGCUGCGGAAGUUUCACACGCACGUCCUGUGGCUGCGGCUAGGCGCGGCGGAGGGCCGCGGCAGCGCCGGCGCCGGCGCCGGUGCCGCGGGCGAGCCCGGCGCCGCCGCGGCCGGCCAGUUCUCGACGCUGCGGGCGUUCGAGGCGCAGCAGGCGGCGGCGGGCCAGGCGGCCGAGGCCGCCUCCUGCUGA